AGGCCGUCGUGACGCCGCCGUCGCCGCGACUAUCGGUCUCUGGCUCGGCUGAGGCCGUCUCAGCGAGGCGGUACCCGGGCGGUUGGAGCUGCAGCCUCUUCUCAUGGUGCUUUCGCCCGUUCAGGCUGGAAGAUGAGGCUGCUGACGGCCGGCCUCUUGCUGGUGGCACCUCUGUGCGCCGGUUUCUACCUGCCCGGCUUGGCGCCCGUCAGCUUCUGCGAGGAGGGCGAGGAGAGCGAGGGCUGCAAGUCGCUGAUUGAGCUCUUUGUGAACAGACUGGACUCGGUUGAAUCGGUUCUGCCGUACGAGUAUGAUGCUUUUGACUUCUGUCAAGAUACAGAAGAGAAAAGACCAUCGGAAAAUCUUGGACAAGUGCUUUUUGGGGAAAGAAUAGCAUCAUCUCCGUAUAAGUUCACUUUUAAAAAGCAAGAAACAUGUAAGAAAGUUUGUACAAGAUCAUAUGACCCAGCAAACAGUGCUGAUAAAAGCAAACUGGCUUUUUUGAAGAAAGGAAUGCAGUUGAAUUAUCAGCAUCACUGGAUUAUUGACAACAUGCCUGUAACGUGGUGCUAUGAUGUGGAAGAUGGACAAAAAUACUGUAAUCCAGGAUUUCCAAUAGGAUGUUUUGUUACUCCAGAUGGUAGAGUUAAAGAUGCUUGUGUUAUAAAUUCAGAGUUUAACAAGAAGAACACUUUCUACCUCUUCAACCACGUUGACAUAACAAUCAUGUACCAUAGUGGGAAGGAUGAAAACUGGCCUGGUGCACGACUGGUGACGGCAAGACUGAGACCACAAAGCUACAAACAUACAGAUGAGAACAACUUAAGUUGUGAAGGUCCCCCUAUGGAGAUUCCUGGAGAGUUCAACAGCAAACUGAAUCUGAUCUACACUUACUCUGUGACAUUUGAAGAAAAGAAUAAUAUUAAGUGGGCUUCCAGAUGGGACUACAUUUUGGAGUCCAUGCCACAUACAAACAUCCAGUGGUUUAGCAUCAUGAAUUCCCUCGUGAUUGUUCUCUUCCUAUCUGGCAUGGUGGCUAUGAUCAUUCUGAGGACUCUUCAUAAAGACAUUGCAAGAUACAACCAGAUUGACUCUUCUGAAGAUGCCCAAGAGGAAUUUGGCUGGAAGCUGGUCCAUGGAGAUGUGUUUAGACCUCCAAGGAAGGGGAUGUUACUGUCUGUCUUCUUGGGCCAAGGAACUCAGAUCUUCAUUAUGACAUUUAUUACCUUAUUCCUAGCUUGCCUUGGUUUUCUUUCUCCUGCCAACCGUGGUGCUUUGAUGACCUGUGCAGUUGUACUGUGGGUCUUACUGGGAACUCCAGCUGGUUAUGUGUCUGCUAGAAUGUACAAGACAUUUAGAGGUGAGAAGUGGAAGACAAACGUUUUGCUUACAGCUCUGCUCUGCCCUGGCAUUGUCUUUGCUGAUUUCUUCAUCAUGAACCUCAUCCUGUGGGUGAAAGGAUCCUCAGCUGCCAUCCCUUUUGGCACUUUGGUUGCUAUCCUAGCUAUGUGGUUUGGAAUCUCGGUCCCACUCACUUUUGUUGGUGCAUAUUUUGGCUUCAAAGAGAAGCCUAUUGAGCAUCCAGUACGUACAAACCAGAUUCCUCGCCAAAUUCCAGAGCAGUCCUUCUUCACAAAGCCCUUGCCUGGUAUCAUCAUGGGGGGCAUCUUGCCUUUUGGCUGUAUUUUCAUUCAACUGUUUUUCAUUCUGAAUAGCAUUUGGUCUCAUCAGAUGUAUUACAUGUUUGGAUUCCUCUUCCUUGUUUUUAUAAUCCUCCUUAUUACAUGUUCAGAAGCUACAGUUUUGCUGUGCUACUUCCACCUCUGUGCAGAGGAUUAUCACUGGUGGUGGCGCUCAUUCUUGACAAGCAGCUUUACAGCGGUUUAUCUCUUCAUCUAUGCAGUUCAUUACUUCUUCUCGAAACUCCAGAUAACAGGAACUGCCAGCACCAUUUUAUACUUUGGUUACACAAUGAUCAUGGUCCUGAUCUUUUUCCUUUUCACAGGGACUAUUGGAUUUUUUGCCUGCUUCUGGUUUGUAAGUAAGAUUUACAGCGUUGUGAAAGUGGACUGAGAAGCUUCAAAGUGUCUUUUGAGCCCAUCUCCCUCUGGUAAUUUUACCAUGUAUUGAAAAGCAUCCUGUGUAAUUACUCUAAUUUGUAAAUGCUGAAGAGCGGCCUACAGCAUCAAAUAGAGAUUUUUAUGGAAGAAAAUGGCACCACUGGACCCCUGUUUACAUCAGUAUACUCAUUGAACAUGUUAAUUCUAAGAAUUCAAACAAAUGACAUCCCAAAUUGGAAUUAGGACACCCAAAAAUUCUGGUUUGAGUGCAUUAUACAGUGCUCCAGCUGAAAUUCCUUGUGAUCUGGGUUAUCUUUGUUACCUUUUUUGGUUACUCCUUUAUAUCCCAUGAACGCAUAGGACUGUCAAGUUAAAUCUAUGUAAAAUGUGAAUUUUUUUUUUAACUUAACUAUGAUUGUACAUAUUCUCCUGCACCUUCUUUACAAGUAGGUAUCUUACAACUGUACAUGCAUUUAGUGUCAUGUAGACUUUAUUAAAGGCACCAACACUGGGUUUUGUUCAAAUAAAACCGCACAGCUCC